AUGGCGAUAUCUUCUGUUUGGAAAGAAGAACAUUUUCCCAUAGAGCUUCAUAAUAGAUCCAUUUAUGAGUUUAUCAAGGUAUAUUUGCCUGAUCAGAGUCGUCAACGCCUGCUUUUCCCACCAGAAUUUUCCAAACAUCUCAAAUGGAACAUACCCACCAAGAUUAUUCUUCAAGAUCUUAAUGGAAAACAAUGGCAUAUGAAUGUUGAACAAACUGAAAAUGGUGUUUGGUUUGGACAUGGCUGGGAUAAAUUUGUAACUGAUUGUCACCUUCAGCCUGGAAACUUCCUUGUUUUUCAGUAUGAUGGGAUCUCUUUAUUCCACGUCAAGAUUUACCGUAAUGAUUUUUGUUUGGAAAUCGAAUGCCCAAAUCAAGAAACUUUAGCUGUUGCUCAAGUUAAAAUUAAAAAAGAAGAGACUAUUUGUCCUGAGCCUAUCGCUCAACUACAAUGGAAGGUAAUAGAUCCUCCACUAAGGGCAGUAAAAGUUGAAGGCAUUAGUAAGACUGUUAAACAGGGGAAGUCGAAAGGAGGUGUCAUUCUAUCGCCCACUAGUCUCUAUUUUACUUGUGUUCCACGACCCUUAGCUUGUGUCGCGUGGUUACCUACAAGGGUUGUGAGGGAGAUUGGGACUAAGUUUAGGCCAUAUAUGUUGUUUCGCGAUCAAGUUGGUGAAAUUUCUCGGGUGAAUGUUAUAGGAAGAUUUAAAGGUCGAUUGGGUUUCGGAAAGGGAUGGAAAGAAUUUUGUGAAAGGCAUCCUUUGGAGAUUAACGAAGAGUAUAUGUUGCAGUUUUCUUUGUGCAACAAAGGUGAAUUGAGAAAAGUUGUUGAUGUUCGAGUUCAGGGAAUAGGAUCAUAA